UGUGUUGUAUUUCGGUCUUGAAUUCAAUUUUGUGCGAGACAUUUCAGUUCUUCGACGACUGUCGGCCGAGUUGGUAAGAAGAUACGGAAGAAAAGUAACGGUGUUGAUGCUCGGGCAUGAAAUGCCAAACAUUUAAGUGACUUGGAAAAAAACGUUAUGUGCAUGAAGCAGACGGCGUGUGCGCGUGUGUGUGAAGAAGAAGAAUUGCUAUGAAAAUGGCAAGAGCUCUUAUAAGAAGAAAGAUUUGUUGAGAAGUUAGAAAAUAACGCAUACGAAAAAUAUUUUUGUAAAAAAAAUUAAAAACGGUGUGAAGAACAACUGUGUAAGCAAAUAACUUGCAAGGUUUAAGCAAUUGUAAUAUAUUGAAAAAGAAUUCAAUAAAUAAAAAAAAAAUAUUUUUUGAAGAAUUUAAAUAAAAUUCAAGAAAUCACGAGUUUCCGCACGCCAAAGCGCUUGUGUGCAUAUUUGUUGUUUUUGUAAAUAUUUCAAAUAUUUUGAAAUUGUUUAAAGCAAAGUGGUGAAACAACUCAGCUCAACAACAACAAAACGUAACGACAAAAGCCAAACGCUUAAAUUUGUGAAUGCCAAACAAAUGCAAAUGCAUUAAACCAAAAAUCAAAAAACAACAAUAACAAACGUAAAAAGCAAAACACAACAAAAAGGCAGGCAUUCAAACGAGUUUCCUUUUGGUGCAACUUUGGACGACUGACUGUCUUUGACGCGCCCGCUGCCCCUGGCGUAUGCACACACACACAGCUGUAAGCAUAUAGCAGACAGUAACAACAACAACAACUACGACAGAAACCACUUUUUUGCGUGCGCAAUUCGCCUGCUGCAUUUCCUCCUUUUGCCAACAACUGUCAUCCCUCGGCGCUUUGCCGCUGCCGCUGUUGCUGCGGCCUCUUCAGCGCGUCCAAGCGGCUGCAUUGCAGCUGCAGCCCGCCGCUGUUAUUGCACGUUUUUGUCUUUGUUUCGCGUGUAUUUGGUUUAUUAUUGGCCAUAAAAAUCGUUAAAAUACACACAUAUAUUAAGCGACUGCGCGACUGUGGCAACAACAACAACUCAAACAACACAAACGACAACCACAAUAACAAUAAACUGUUGUAAAGUGGCGAAAAAACCAGCAAAGUAAAAAUAAAACAAACACACACACACAUACACUCGGGCGUUUAACGAAUGCAACGAAAACCUGCAGUUGGCGGCGUUUAAAGUGCGAAAAAAGUACGCGGAAAAGCCGUUACGUGAAAAAUUCUAGAAAUUCUGUAGGGGAAAAGGAAGACAGCAAAAAAAAAAAAAAAAAACAAAUGCGUUGCAAGCGCUUAGAAAAAAGCAAGCAAAUUGAAUAACAAAGUUUCGUACGCAUAAUCUUAAACUCGUAAAGUGUCUGCAACAGUGGGCGAGUUCGUGCGCUUAACUGCAUUGCGCGUGAAGUUGAAAGAAAGCGCUGCAUUGUGUUUGUGGUGACUCAAUUUUUGUGCGAAUUUGACUGUGAAACGUGGUUUGGGAUUUUUUUCAUUGAGUCAACAGCAGCUGACGAAAAGAACGUGCCUUCGAGUGUUUUGAAAAGGUUGGUAGAAUUUUUGGCAAUACUGAGCUCAAUGUGGCAGCCAACAGGUUUACAGGUAAGGACCAGCUGCCUUCUCCACAUUUCAUACCAAUUAAGCUAUUUUAAACGCUUUUGUGAUUAAUUGCUAUUGACGUAGUCACAGUUUAAGAUUUCGCGACUCAAUCAACUAAUAUGGAAACUGGAUAGCCACUUAAUUUGGUAGCUUCAAUCAGUCAGCCAUUCGUUUUGCUUGUACUAUAUGCAUUCUAACAACAUUAUAUACUACCACUCAACAUGUAAACAAUAUUCCUAAACUCACCAAAUUGCACUCGGUCACAUACGAAUCACUACUACAUUAACUGCUAAAACACAGAGAGAAAACAAAAACAAACACAUUAAAAAAUACGCUCUCGACACUGCGGCCAGCGGCAUGUUUGGCCUAUUGGGCUCCUCACAAAUCUAUGGAUUACAACAAGUGCAGGAGUACGGCAACAACAAUCGUGCCAACAGCGACAACAACAUAAGCAAUAGAACACACACAAGCAACAACAACAACGACAGCACAAAUAACAGCAAUCACAAGCAACGUCGUUCCACAUCGAGUCACACGGAGAGCGGCAGUAAAUUCUUCGCCUCACUCAGUUCCAUGCAACAGGGCAUUAAAUCGCCAACGAAUUUCAUUGAAAAGUUCAUUAAAAACGAAUUGCUCAGCGGCUACGACAGCAUAAAGAACUAUAAAAACUUUCAAACGACCACAAGCGGCUCGAACAGCACCUUCUUCACCAGCAGUCACAACGGCACCGCAGCGACACAAGCACGCGCCGCGACACCUGGUUGCGUCGGUGGUGGUGGCGAAGGCGGCGACAUUUUGAGCGCCGAGAGCCUGCUGACCACUUUCAAUUGCCUGCAGGGCAGCUAUCGCAGCAACUGUGAUGGUGAGUUCUACGAGCCGGUGAAUGUGACCGCACAGCGCAAGCAAACAGCGAAUAGCUCUAUAGCAACAACUGGUACGACAACAACAACAACAACAACGCCGGAAGCGGAUAUGACGAUCAAGUACUCGAAGAACUUGCUCGCGAACACGCCAGACGAACAGUCGCCCGCCACGCUGCAGAACUAUCAGAAGUUGUCGGAGUGCGAACAAGACUUGCUGUUGACGCCGUCGAGUGGCGCGAGUUCAGGCGAAUUUAACAGCGAUGCGAACGGCAGCGGUAGUGGCAGCGGUCAGGCGACAACGCCGGUGAAUAGUUUGUACAAGCGCUUGUCGUUCGGCGGGCGCGCGAGCAAGAAUGCGACGGAUAAUGCGGCGACGGGGACGACGACAGCGGCGACAAAUGAAAAUGUUUCCGACUACUCCUCGUCGAACAACUCAUCCGCCUCAUCGACACUCUCCUCGAAGACUGCUUCGGUGUCACUGAAAUCCAUCGACCUGCAACGCACAUCGUCCGCCUCAUCGUCCGGCGAUUGCGCACAGCUGUGCGAACGUCGAAAAACGUCACCAAACGCAAAUACAGCUGAAUCAAGCACGGAUGCCACCAACACGCUUCAGCUAACGCCGGAGCGCGCGCAACGACGCAAGCUUAUCGCAAUGAUCUCACAUUAUGAACAGCAGACGAAGCUGUUGCAACGCGAACUGGCCAAGGAGAAGCGACGCCGCGGCGAAGAGCUCGCCUGCGUGGCGAAAUCGCUGCUGUGCUUCGAGUCGAAGCUGAAAAAGGAUAUGAAGGCCGUCAAUCAGCGACUCUUCGAGAAAGACGUGGAAAUCUGUCGAUUGGUGCAACAAAAUCGCGCAUUGCGUAAGCGACUGACGAAAUACACUGAAUCGGAGGGUGAGAAUGCACGAGACGAAGGUGUGGUUGAGGAUGGCGAACCGGAGACCGAAGGUGAGGUGGAGGUGGAGGAAGAGCGUAGCGGAAAAACGAAGGAAGCUGUGCUGGAGCGUCGUACUGCGUCGCCUGCGGCGUACAGCGACCAAAAAUUGCUGGAAGACUGUUUAGUACUCGAAGCUUUGCAAUGCAUUAAUUGCAAGAAGCAAUUCUAUGACAUUGAUCUAAAUGAGGGCUGGACACAGAAUACGUCAAAGGAUGGUACAAGAAAAAGUGUUGACCACACCACUGAGCACGGCUCAUCGAGUGAUGAUACAGUCUCAUCGUCGUUUUACGGAGCCCGGCGCAGUGUACGCUACACCAGCAAACGCACCUCCGGCACUUUCCGCGAUUAUAUGCGCUCGCGUGCGAUGAAUAUUGACGAUCCGGCGUUGGAUAACAAUUCGGAGGAGAACACGAGCACAAUCAGUCGCGAUGACUCGCAAACCAGCUAUGAAAAGCUCAAUAUGUAUUCGCGCACCAUCGAACGUAUGCACGGCGUGAAGGGCGAAAGUGAGCGCGAGUCGGAACAAAGCGGUAUGGAGAGUAUAGUACGACCGGCUUCACGACUGAGCUGCAAGAGUAGUGUUAGCAGUAAGAGCAGCAACAGCAGUUGCAGCAAGCAUAGCGCCAAAGCACCGACACCGCAGAUUGAAGAAGACGACGGCAUAUUUUCACCCACACAGGAUGAUGACUUCGAAGAACCAGAAGAAGUCGGUGGACGCAGUAUUAAGAUUGUGAUGCGUCGCUCCACCGAAUUUUCUGAGGCUUCGCCGAAACAAGUCUAUGAGACCUCCACCGACGAUUGGUAUGCUAGUGCCUCCGAUCAAGAGGAAAUCACAACAACUGCAGUGGUACCCAAAUCAUAUGCCAAUGGUGCGGUCAACCCGGUGCUCGAAUGCGUUAAUCAAAUACUAUUGCAACAGUCCAUGGAAGAGCCGGUAGCCGAGCGAAAUAACCAAACGACAGCUCAAAAUCUUCAGGUUAGCUACAGCAAUGCCACCUCCACCGCCAACUUGCCACGUCGCAGCUCGCUGAGUGGACGACGUAGUUCACGUAGCAAUAGUCGCUCCAGUGAUGGGCAGCCAUCUCGUAAUGGCACUUUGACACGGAAGCGUGUACAUUUCUCAACUAAGAAUAGCAUGGUGCAUGUGCCACGCAACGAUGAGCAUGACGAGGAGGACGAAGAUGCCAAUGACGACGACAACACACAGGACACGCAAGAUACAAACGAAGCCAUGAUCUCAAGCCUAGCGCAAUAUCAUCCAAUGAGUUACUACCCACAAGCAGCACAGCAAGCAGCAUCCGCUAAAGCAGCCGCCGUCGUAGCCGGCACCAUUGCUCGAGGCGGGAUGCUUGCCGAAGUGAGCGAGCACGAACGUCUCGAAACGCUAAACUACGAGAGUAUUUAUAGCAACGAAUACGAACCGAUUGGAUCCGAGCAUAAUUCCUCAAAUCUUUAUGUGGACAUGGAGUCCGCAACCAAGUCGGCCGCGAUUAAUGCUACAAGUACUACAGCAGUCGUAGAUACAAAAGUACCAAAAACACCGCCAGCCUUGCCACCGAAACCAGCAAAUUUAUUAAAGUUUAAAAAAUCACUACAACAACUUGAUGAGUUGCCUGACGAGCAUCUCCACCAGGAAGGGCACGCCGUAGUUGAGCCGGACUACUGCUCCAUUUCGGAGGUGAAUAUGGGCAUAACGAGUGUGCAAAUAGUGGCCGACAUACACAAGGCACCUGAAUCGGAAGCUGAUUUAGAGUCAAACUCUGCGCUGGAAGCGCCCAUCUCCGAACUCGAUGUCGAAGUAUCGACAGUCGCCUCCGAUGAGACAUUCGCUGUCUCACAAAAGACUGAUGAAAUCGACGAGAUUUUCGCCGAUGUACCAAAGCUACCAAAUGUGGCGGCCAUUAUAGCGCCAAAGCAGACGAAAAUGCCACAACAACAGCCCACACAAAAGCACAAUUUGCCCUCUCCAGAUUACCUGGUGAUGUCGCCCAAAGUAGAGACGCCUAAUAUGAAGUUGCAAAAUGCGCGUAAUGCGACCAUAUUAAAUACGGCCACAGCCACAAAGCAACAGAUCACCUCUAACAAUUUGGAUGGAACACCCAAGGCAAUUACCAAAUCCACAGUGAACACACCCAUAAAGUCCGCCAAUCGUCCGGAUAAUAGCGCGCUUAAACUGCACUUACACACACCCAGUCCGUUGCAAUACAAACGCAAACAUAUGCCCAACAUACUCGCCGAAAUCAAUAAGCGCAUGAGCUUACCCAGUUCACCAACAACACCUACGGCACGACUGAGCUUCGCCACUCCUGUUAAGACGGUGGCCGCAAACAAAUCGCCGCUGCAGCUGGGCGUCAGCACUACGCCGAAUAUGCCCAUUCAAGCAGAGUUCGAUUGGUACAAUUUGGAUGCCGAGUAUGGCAAGACCGCCUCACAACAACCUGAACUACACAAGGUGAGCGACUCGCUCACCAACGGCACCAUGCUCGCCGGCAUACACGAAGAUGGUGAGAGUUUGGUCACAGCAGCCGACGAAUACAACUUGGAUGAGGAGUUCUCGCUCAUCAGUGAUAAACCGGAGGAACUAAACGCCGACAACAGCGAGCAAGAUAAUGAGAGUGCCGAGGAGAAAAGUGAAAUAAGUGUCGUCGAUACGACGAAACCACUGCCGACAAAUAUUAAACUCUCAACACAACGUGCUGAGCCAAAAAAACUCGACAAUGUCGCCGCUUUAAAUGCUGCCAUUUGUGAGGCCGUGAACUUUCCCAUGUUCGGUGAAAGCUCGCCGCUGGUUGCGCUCUCGCCUGGGAUUGCGCAUAACCAUGCCAAGGCAAAGAAAAUUAAGAAAAAUUUAGCCAACUUUGAGAAAUUCAUCGAGGGUUCCGGUUUGAGCACUAAGCCGCUACCGAGCAAGCGAAAAAUCUACUUUGCGGGGCCAUUUGUGUGAAAGGUGGAAGAAAUUGAUUUGGAGCGAAGUCUGGAACGUCUAAAACGAGGAAGAGAGUGCAUAAUGCAACCAAUAAAAAACGAAAAGCUCGCGAAAUCAUAGGCGAAGCGAGUUGGAACUAGCGUGGAGCUGAAUAUUAAAACCGCGCGCGAAGUGAUCUACAAACAUCCAUUUAAAAUAGUAUACCGUUAUGCGUUGUGUUAACAUAAUUUCUUAGCAUGUUUAAGUUGAUAUUUGUUUGUGUUAUUUUUCGUAGCUUGACUUAACGGCAAAAUUUCUUAGGAUCUUAACUCAAAAGAUUUACACGAUUUUUGUUAAUUUUCGAGUACAUUUCUCAAUCGUUCAUUUCCAUGUUUUGUGUAAUUUUUAGGUAUUUUUUAUGGUAUAUUAGUUAAGCGUUUACUAGUUUUGUUAGUAAAAAUCAUGGAUUUUGUUAUGUAUAAGGCAAUUUACUAUGUGUUUCCUGUUCACUAAAUAUAAUUUUAUAAUUACUUACAGUUAAAUUAUUUCCGAAACAUAGUACGCAGCUGUAGCUAUAUACUUAUGUGUAUGUUUUUAUGUUUUUCAUAAUUAGUUUUAAUUAGAAUUUUUUAAUUAUAAAAUUUUCCGCUUUCCGUAGCGAAGAAAUUAAAGAAGAAUUUCAUUAGCAGACGAAUUUAGCGUUUAAUGUGACGAAUUGUAUUAGAACCUGUAAUAAUUUUAGUUUGAAGAAAUAAAUAAAAGAAAUUUCAAAACUCCCUGUA